AUGACGUCCAGGCGGAUCAGAAAGCGUCCAAGUACUGAUGAGGCAUUUAUGGGUGGUGAUGGCUGCGGCCGAGUGCUUUCGCCUCAAGGGGGCGCUGCUUGCCAGGGACGAGUAAACCAACUGGGAGGGGUAUUUAUCAAUGGAAGACCGCUCCCAAAUCAUGUUCGGCUCAAAAUCGUUGAACUGGCAGCGCAAGGUGUUCGACCCUGUGUGAUCAGCCGCCAACUGCGGGUGUCUCACGGAUGCGUCAGUAAAAUCCUCCAGCGCUACCAGGAGACCGGUAGUAUACGACCGGGAGUCAUCGGGGGCUCGAAACCGCGCGUUGCUACUCCUGAGGUCGAGAAGCGGAUCGAACAGUAUAAGAAAGAGAAUCCCGGUAUUUUCAGCUGGGAGAUUCGCGACAAGCUGCUGAAAGAAGGCGUGUGCGACCGCAGCACGGUGCCCAGCGUCAGUUCCAUCAGUCGUGUGCUCAGGAGCCGGUUUCACAGCGAAGACGAUGACGAUGAUUGCGACGACGAUGACGAUGACGAAAAACGGCUCAAGAUGGCUCGCAGUGAGAAUGGAAGCGACAAAAAUACCAACCAUAGCAUCGACGGAAUAUUAGGAGAGGUCAAACUGCACAAAUCCGACAAAGAUGGUAAGAUUCUUGAGAAAGUACUGUCUAUUUUUCUUUCUGUUAUUUUCUUUGUGCAUUUGAAAAAAUAUUAA